AAUAGGUGUGUUUAAAAAAAAGAAUAAGUUCACGUUUUUCAUUUAUCUCCCUUUUCACAACUACAUUCUUGUGUUGAGGUUAAUGGGUAACAGUUUUCUCAAAGACAUUGGUCUGGUUCUUCCUUUGUAGAGAGUAUUCAUCUGGGACUUGGAUGAGACAAUCAUUGUUUUCCACUCCUUGCUUACGGGGUCCUACGCCAACAGAUACGGGAGGGAUCCACCCACUUCAGUUUCCCUUGGACUACGAAUGGAAGAAAUGAUUUUCAACUUGGCAGACACACAUCUAUUUUUCAAUGACUUAGAAGAAUGUGACCAGGUUCACAUAGAUGAUGUUUCUUCAGAUGACAAUGGACAAGACCUAAGCACAUAUAACUUUGGAACAGAUGGCUUUCCCGCUGCAGCCACCAGUGCUAAUUUAUGCCUGGCAACUGGUGUCCGGGGCGGAGUAGACUGGAUGAGAAAGUUGGCCUUCCGCUACAGACGAGUAAAAGAGAUCUACAACACCUACAAAAACAACGUGGGAGGUCUGCUCGGUCCAGCUAAGCGGGAAGCCUGGUUACAGCUGAGGGCUGAGAUUGAGGCACUGACUGACUCCUGGCUCACCCUGGCCCUGAAAGCACUCUCUCUCAUUCACUCCCGGACGAACUGUGUGAAUAUUUUAGUAACAACUACCCAGCUUAUCCCGGCAUUGGCGAAAGUCCUGUUAUAUGGAUUAGGAAUUGUAUUUCCAAUAGAAAAUAUUUACAGUGCAACUAAAAUAGGAAAGGAAAGCUGUUUUGAGAGGAUAAUUCAAAGAUUUGGAAGAAAAGUGGUGUAUGUCGUUAUAGGAGAUGGAGUGGAAGAAGAACAAGGAGCAAAAAAGGUGAGCAUUCCUGGCAGGUGCUUUUUCUUAGUCCUCAGAACUCUCAGAACUGGAUCAUUAAGCAUAUUCCAUUUCUCCGCAACAGACUCAUGGAGGGUACAGAACCGGGAGCAUUGCAAAAAGGCAGAACAGAAUUCCACCCAGGCGGGAGCACAGGCUCAAGGGUCCUAG